AACCAUUAUUCCGCAGCGCCGGUUAUGGUGAAUUUGUUCAGUACUGGAACUAAAAAAAAAAAAGAAUCGGUUGUUGAUGACCAACAAGGAAACAGUGCGACACUGCGCAAGCCUACAAGCCUGAGCAAACAGGCCAUGGCUAAGGAGAUGGAUGAAUUGCCGCAGCUUCGCGACUACCCAGCCGCAAAGCGGGAGGCUUUGUUUGAACAAAAGCUGGAGCUCUGUUCGCAUGUCUUCAAUUUUGAAGAUGCAGCAUCAUUGAAAAAAGAGAAGGAGAUUAAGCGCCAGACACUUCUCGAACUGGUCGAUUAUGUCAACACAUCUGCAGGUCAGAAAAUCUUUACGGAGGCAUCCAUGCCUGCAAUUAUGAAUUGCGUUAGGGCGAAUAUUUGCCGGUCAUUGCCACCACAAACCGAAGACUAUGACCCAGAGGAAGACGAACCUGUUCUUGAACCGUCUUGGCCACAUCUGCAAGUAGUAUAUGAAUUCUUCUUACGGUUUAUCGUUUCAUCUGAGGUUAAUGCGAAAGUCGCCAAGAAAUACGUCGAUGCAAACUUCUGUUAUCGUCUUAUUGAAUUAUUUGACUCAGAAGAUCCGCGUGAACGUGAUUAUUUGAAGACGAUUUUACACCGGAUCUAUGGCAAGUUCAUGAGCCAUAGAUCAUUCAUACGCAAGACUAUAUCAAAUGUAUUCUACCGUUUCGUUUAUGAGACUGAACGGCAUAACGGUGUUGGUGAGCUCCUGGAAAUUCUGGGAUCUAUCAUCAACGGCUUUGCAAUCCCCCUGAAAAGAGAGCAUCUCCAAUUUCUCCAAUGCGCACUGAUCCCACUUCAUAUUCCCAAAUGUGUUACGUUGUAUCAUCAGCAAUUGUCCUAUUGCGUGAUCCAAUUUGUUGAGAAGGACCCUGAUACAGCUGUCCCAAUCCUGAACGGCCUCAUCCGGUAUUGGCCCUGGUCUUCCUCGGCCAAACAGGUGCUUGUCAUGAAUGAGCUCGAAGAGAUAUUGGAGCUGCUUGGCCACGAGCCACUGCUCCUUGUGCGUGAUGCUCUCUUCGAGCUGGUGAAUUUCACAGUUAAAGUUACUUCGAGACUUUUCCAAAAAGAAUCCGAUGCAAUAUCCCCUGCGCAGAUUCGCAAGUGUCUAUCAUCUGAGCACUUUCAGGUCACAGAAAGGACCUUAUUUUUGUGGAAUAAUGACCAGCUGAUUAAUCAUGGAUGUCUAUCGAAGCAGCAUGCCCCGACGCUUUUACCAAUCAUAUACACUGCUCUGGUGGAAAAAUCAGAAAAGCACUGGAAUGCUACCGUGGAGGGGCUUGCAACCAAUGUACUGAAGGUCUACCAAGACUUUGAUAUGAAGACUUACAAUACCUGCAAGGAGCGUGCUGAAGAAGAAGCCGCCACAAAGGUCCAAACUGAAGCCACAACGCAAGCACGUUGGGAGCAGAUUUUUGCAAUUGCCAAAAUUGCGCGCGUUUAGUCACUGGCCUUGGGAUGCAUCUGGCGACCGUGAUCCGCAAUCGCGAGCCCUUGAUAGUGCGAAGGCUCCACGUCGGGCGGACGGACGGUCCUUAGACAACACGCCCGAGGGCCGCCUGGGGGUUCAACGCAGGAUAUUCGGCGCCUUCUAGUUUGGGCCCCUCCCACUCCGAACGCGGGAAAUUCGACGCUUUCUGGUUUGGGCCCCACCCGCCCCCCCAGCGCCUGAGUAAAGCCCCCAGCUGCCGACCCA